AAAAUUAAAAAUAAACACAACUGUCAAACUCUUUGCGCUAUGUCGGGACUUUUUUGCGACAUAAUUUCGAAAAUUUUCGGAAUUCCCAGCGAUUUAGAGUGAUUUACGUACUGUAAUAAAAUGUCUAUCUGUUUACGUACAAUUUCUCACAGAAUUUUGCCUAUAAAUGGCAUCGUUUCCACCAAAACUCACUCAAGCCGCUUGUCUAGAAAAAUCCCUCUGCGGUCACAAUUUCUGGAAGAAUUCCUGAAUCGUCGACGCAUAUCCAGUUGUCAACUAGCACCAAAAUGUACUACAGAGAGCAACAUCGACGAUGUUUACAUUCACGAGGAGGCGGUGAACGGCCGUCUCUCGGGACAAAGCAACAAGUCCAACUACUAUGUCACAAACUGCCGAACAGUAUCGAACGACAACCGAUACCCGUACACUGAUGAUGUGCAAGUGAAGACCUUGGGCCUGACGUCCGAUGACUAUAUAGAGAGGCGAAUGCCUCCGUACGCAUUUGACGUUCCGUAUACCAGUAUCAGUGAUAUAGAUUUAACUAAAUACAGUAAUGACAUUGAACCGACCUGCCUGUCGGAGUUCGAGCGCGACGCGAUCGCGUACUGCAGCGGCUCAGUGCUGUCGGGCCCCGUGCAGGCGCAGGCGCCGGAGCCCAGCCGCGACGGCAAGCCCAAUGAGGAGCAGCUCAUGAAAGUCUACUACACACUGUCGGACACGAUGCCGAACUUAUUUGUGAAGCCACUUGACUACUCGAUCUAUCACCCAAACAUGGUGUUUGUCAACAACAUCAGAGGCACCACAUCUGUAGGUCUGUUCCACUACGUGAAGCAGGUGGCUCUGCUGCGGACGGUGGGGCACCUGAAGUUCGCCUACGUCAAGCUGGAGGUCAUGAAGAUCACCGCGCAUCCUGAAGACUCUUCUAUCAAGAUGAGGUGGCGCAUCAAGGGCAUAUCGGGCCUUAAGGUAUUCUUCAUGUUUUGGAAGUACAAACUUUGGAAUAUGAAGGAAGUGUUCCAGGACCAGGAACUUUGGUAUGACGGAUUCUCAACCUUUUAUGUAGGCGCCGACGGUUUGGUACAGAAGCACAUUGUAGACAAGGUGAUGCCAGACCAAGACACGAUAAUCGACGAUGAAGAAAAGGCCCCGAUAGCCGCUAAGAUUGCCCUCCUCAUCGGCCUACUUCCCCGGAACUACCUGUCCGACGUAUCUCCCUACUUCAGUUCGUCGGCAGGCACGGCAGACACCACGCCGCUUCCUUUCAAAGUGCUAGAAUAAACCACCGUAUACAUAAAUACGGGGAUAUUUACCUCGGGGAAAAGGGGUCCUUCGAAAUAUCAUGCUCCACAGUGAAAUCAGUACUUUUACGUCGAAUCGAAUAGUAUAAAUGUGAAAAUAAGAUACUGGUUUUGUUACAACGUUCGACUGUUUAGACGUCUAAUGGGAAAGACGAUGUCAAAGUUAUAUAUGGCAACACCUUAUCAUUGCCAAUCAGAAAAAGUAAAAUUGACAUUGGUAGUAAUGUUCACACAUUUUAAUGUUUGGCACGUAAGUUAUGCCAUUUGUAUUUCACAAACGUCUGCCCUGUUAGCUACAGCUACUUACUAGCUACUACAAUAUACCUGUAUCCACAAAGCAUAGAUGCUAUUGUACAUAAAAUUAAUGUAUUCGCUAAUAAAGCCUUUGUCUAUGUCUAUAGCUUCCAUUUUAUAUUCUAACAGCCCAUGUGACCACCAUGUUCAUUGUAUUUCACAUUUCAUUAAUUUAUUGACAUCAACUGUGCAUUAUUUCAAUUAUUUUUGUUAAUAUAUGAAAUAAUAAGUUUAGCUAAAUCUUCGAAAUUACUCACGAUGUAAUGCGAAUUUUGAUAGGUUGUUAUUUUAUUUAUAGUUGGAAUAUUUUUGUUAACGAAUGAAUUUGUUCUCCGCUCUGCAACGUGACGAGAUUGCAGUAACAUUAGUUCGGCGUACACGUUUCCACUUCGACGACGCGAAGUAAUACACUAGUGAUAUUUUGAUAACUGUGAAUGCCUUGUAUUAGUCUGUAUAGAUAAUGUUAUGUAUUGCUAUAAUACAAUAAAAUUAUGUCCAUUA